GCUUGCCACAACUGGGCGGGGCACUCCGAUAGCCACCGAGGUCCAGCCAUGACAACCUUUGUGGGAGCCCUGGAGGUCCCCGUUGCCAUCGGCUGUCGCAAGCUCAGUAUGACCUCUGACAAUAGCAAAGUUUUCUUAGGCGACUAUGAGGCAGUUGACAAAGGCUACGAGAUCUGCGACUGUGAGGAUGUGACUCUGAUUGCCCCGAAAGGAAGCAAGCAUUGCCCCAUCAGCCCGUUUCUCAAACCAAAUGAGUGCGCUGUGGUCCUGUUCGUCGGGAUUGUGGUGCUCCCAGGAUUGUUGUGGUGCUUACGACAUCAGGCCAAGUCCAAGGAAGAGCGUGAUGCCUAUGCCGCCGCCCUUUACUGGGGCUACGACUUUUGCGCUGGCAUAUGUGCCAGCGCGGCCAGCGCAGAGAGGCUCCAUCUCGAGUUAGUUUCGAGCUCCGAGCCCGAGCCUCCAGCUCAUCGAGUGGAAGCAGAUGGCAGGUCGCAACCUCUAGGAACUUGGCUGAUUGGUCCAUCCAACCUGAAGGUCAAGUCUUUGCUUUGCAACCUCAUGCAGUCUGUGCAUCGCAAAAGGUGCAAAGGCGAGUCGGUGCAAACUUUGACGAACAAGCUGCUGAGUGGUGAGACUCAGGUGGAGGACAUUCCGGCCCUGGUAGGUGUGCAAGACCCCCACGGGAAGGUCUUCAUUGUUAGUGGAAAUCGGCGAUUGUUUGCUCUGAAGGCUUUUGCCGAUCAACUUCCAAAGGAAGGGGCCCAGUGCGUCAAAGCCAGCACUUUGCUGGUCAGCCUGUCUGACAUGCACCUGUUCCCGCAGUCCCUUUUUGCCCGCUGUGUGGAAGCCUUCACCAGUCAUGAUGGUGGCCGCCCAACCUUGAGAGCCGUCCAGCCAGAACAUCCACAGGCGCAGUCAGUGGCGCGGCCAGCCGUGGUGCUGAAAGCGGCGCCAUCAGUGCCGAGAGGCACCAUUUUAAGGAGCUGGGCGCUGAAGGGCCUUGAAGGCUUUUGGAUUGACCACAGAGGUUCGGUCUACAUGGUCGAAGAGAAGCAGGGCGUUGGCCUGGAAGUUGUCAGAAACAAUGGGACAGAUUGCCGAAACUACAGACUGGAGUGGGAUGGGCAAACCUUCGUGUGGCCUUCUUACAAUACAAAACAUGUGGCAGUUUGUGUCAACGCUGACGUCUGA